UUUUUAAAAAUUAUGGAGAACGACUUAAAAUCAUUUAUUAAACUUCCCUGGUUCAAAAAACAUUUUUCAAAUUCGGCUGACUUGGAAAUACUUCCUGCACGUUAUACAGUCCAAUAUGUUAUGGAAGAAAUGUUUAUUUAUUUUGAGAAGCGUUUAACUCAAAUUGCUGAUGAAGAACCUCUGGACAAACUUAUAAACAAAUCAUUCAAAAGAGGAGAAGAUUCUUAUCUCAAUAGUCUGUUAAGAACACUUUUUGGACUAUGCGAGACUUGUCUGCCUUCAGUUUUAAAUGUUUUGAUUAAAUGGUAUGAGCAUCAACAGAGAGUUUCAAUCAGCCAAGUCGGAGAGGUCAGAGAUCGUGCCAUAAAGAAAACACUUGUUGCUAGCUAUUUAUUUUGUGUUGUUCUAAUCGAAAUUUUACUCCAAGUCCACUUCCACCCAGCAGAAUGUCAAUCACAAAUUAAUUUUAUUGUUGGGACUUCUUUCAAUCAAAUAUCUUACAAGGACCAAUCCGUUUUUGGAAUUAAUUAUAAUAAUAGUUUGAUAGUUUCUGAAAUCUUUGCAGAAGUAAUUGGUGUCUUGUCACAAACCCAUUGUAAAUUAAUCCAGAAAUAUUGUAUUGACAAUUUAAACGAAUUACGCAAAGAAAUACCAGUUAAUACGCAUAGUGUUAUUUGUCUUUUAAUGGGAAUGAAAUAUUUUAGAAUUAAGACAAACGAGAUAUCAUCAUUGGAAGAGGGUAUCGCUUUUUUAGAAGAAAUUGGUUCGUAUUACCUUGAAGUUGAUUUGAAACAAAAGGAUUUGAAGCAUGCUUUGGCUGGAUUGUUGGUUGAAAUACUUAUACCUAUGGCUGCGCAAAUAAAAACUGAGGCAAACGUUCCUGCUUUAAUUGCUUUUGUUGAUAAACUUUACAAUCCAACAUAUGAUUUGAUUAAUAAAAAGCAACAUAAAUUGGCAGCUUACCCACUACUUACUUGCUUAUUAUGCAUCAGUCAAAAUAAAUUUUUUCUUUCUACUUGGGUUCAAUUUCUUAAUCUUACAUUAGCAAAUCUCAAAAAUAAAGAUUCAAGAAUAUCUCGAAUGGCGUUGGAAUCACUUUAUCGUUUAAUUUGGGUUUACACAGUUCGUAUAAGCUGUGAAAGUAAUAGCGUAACUCGAAGCCGUUUGGAAGGAAUUUGUGCAAGUCUUUUCCCUCGAGGUUCAAGAAAUGUAGUUCCAAGAGAUGCUCCUCUCAAUAUUUUUGUCAAAAUAAUUCAUUUUAUUUCUCAAUAUAGAAUUGAUUUUGCGUUUAGGGAAAUAAUUUAUGACUUGUUGGGAUGUUCAAGAGCUUCAUCAAGAACCCUUUCAAUUUAUCCUGAACGUAUGAAUAUUGGAAUACGUGCUUUAAUGGUUAUUUUUGAUGGACUACAACAAAAUGAAAGUCCUCCAGGAAUGCCGAGAUCUAUAGGUUUUGUACCUUUUGGAACAAUUCAACGCCAAAAAAGAAGUUAUUUGACUCAGCCAUUGUCAAUUGAAACAGCAAUUUCUCUCGGUCUAGAGCAAUACUAUCCAGCUUGUAGAAAAGCGUUUGACUCAAUUUUACGUACUUUGGAUGCCCAAAUUGGACGUUCAUUUAUGUUAACAGCUUCACAUGUUCGUGGAAAAGAAUAUAACGAAGUUAUUAAUUCUGAAAUGAGAGCAAAAUUGGAUCUUUUUCGGACUUGUAUUGCUGCAAUUCCUCGUUUUCUACCUGAUCCAAUGUCUCAUCAGGAUUUGAUAGAAUUUGUUAUUCGAAUGUGUGUUCAUGUAGAUGAAGAAAUUCGUUUAACAGCCUACCAAUCACUUCAAAAUUUGGUUGCUGAAUGUCCAGAUUGGAGAGAAGAUUUAUUCCACAUUUUUCUUCGUUUUUUAAUUAAUCAAAUACAGGACACAUUCCCAACAUUAUUAGAAUCAAUGGUUCGUUUAUUACUUCAAUUGCUUUCAGUUUGGAAAUUAAAUUUUAUUGAACAUCAAAAGAAUGAAUCGAUUAUGUUAAAACUUUCAACAAAUAAAGUUGGUAUUAGUUCUCAAUCUUCAAUUUCGGAAAGUUGCGAAUUAACCAACUCCCAUACAUCCUUUGAACGUUAUAUAAGUGCUACAGCUUUUGCUCUUCAUUGUAUAGAAGGUUUAGCAUUAACACUUUUAUGUCAAUUGAGGCCACAAAUUAAAAGAAUGGCAAUUUCUUUAUUAUACGAAGUUAAAGGAUUUUUGGAUUGUUUUCCACAAAAACAUCAUUAUGAGACGCCAGUAAUUGAAGUUUUGGAUGAGGCAACACCUUAUGUAAUGGAAAAAUAUAUUCAACAUGUUUCUGAAAAUGAAAAGAAAACUUGGCACAAAGACUUUGCUUCAUUUUGUGAGAUUGUAUCAAAUGUUGGAACUGAUCCGCUUUUGGUAAAUGAAGACCAUGGAAAUGAAUAUUUGCGUUGGGAUGUUUGGGCUAGUGCUCUUUCGGGAUUUUCUGAGCAUCGUUUUCUUCCGUCAAAAUGUACAGUUGCAAUAUCUUUUGCUUGGCCAGCAUUGCUUACUCGUUUUAAUUAUUGUCAUCAAAUAAUUGAUCCAAAUAAUCCACAAAAUGAAAAUCGAAGUUCUCUUCUUCGAAGCAGUAAAAGUAGAUAUACAAAUUGGCCAUUAUGUGGAGAUAUACUUAGCCAUGAAAAUUAUUUAAGUUUGUGGCAAAAAUAUAUUGUAAUGGUUUUUGGUCUUUUCCAAUCAAAAACUACUUUUUUGUCAAAUCCUUCAUUAAUUAGAAGUUUUUCUCCAAGCUGUGAUUCUUCUGAAGUAAACAAAUCAAUGAUAAGUUCAGUCAAAAUGACAAGGACAGGAUUGUUGAAUUGUUCUCAACUUUUACAAAAAGCUUCGAUAAUGAUUCGUUGGGAGGCUACAGACAUUAAAGACGCAGUUGUUUUAGGAAUGGGUUCAAUGAAUUCUGAAUGUUUUGAGCUUUUAUUUGAAGAAUUUAAUCUAAAAGGAAUUUUGAGAGAAGUUGGAGAACGCAAAAACGAGACGAAUUUAAGAAGAAAAAAGAGGAAAGACGCGUUAAGAUUGCAAUUGCGUAUGUUUUUUUGUAAAAAUUAAAUUUGAGUGUUUAGUGGGAAGUUUGGAGACUUCAUUUUUGAAUCUAGAUAUCGGGAGGUGUAUGUAAAACUACAAGAGACUGAAAUCCUCGUUUCUUCCUCCCGACUAGCGUAUAGUUUUUU